AAAAAGAGUGAGAGUGUAGAUUCAUCAUCGGUUUAGGCUUGGCAGUUUCGUGGAGUGUUUCGAUAGUUUAUGCUGAGUUCGUGUAUCAAUUUCUUGGGAUUUUCAAAUAAUGGUGUUCAUGGACUUAUGUGGUGUUCAUAUAGACCUAAUGACCCAAUGUGUAACUUAAUCGUGAACGUGAAUCAUGGGAUCAUGGCCUGCUGCUUGCUUGAUUAUGUGACAUUGGUAUAAGUCGUGCCAGCAUUUUGGGUAAGUCGAAUUUAUAAUUAUUAAUGGUGAAUGUAUGGUUUUUAGUCAGUUUCUGAAUUAGGCUCUGAACUUCAGUGUAGGUUCGAUUUUGGAGAGAUCGUCUAUGGAGAGUAAAAUUGUCUAAACUGUAC